GAUUUCUUAGAACACCAUGUGGUGUUUAUCCAAGAUAUAAAGCGCUUAGAAGAAUGCGAUAAAUAAAUUCUCGCGUCGAAACUAACGUAAACAGCAGCUAACUCAUAGCCAAAUAUCCACUAUGAAAAAUGAGUUAAAUUAUGAGUUAGAAAUACCUGAAGAUGGCAGCAAGAUCCUUUAAAGCAGCCAUUGUGAGCAUUACAAGAUAUCGUUUUUCUUUCAAAGUCAGUAAAGCCCACCGGCAUUUUGUUUUUUGUUUUCUUCUGUUCAGGUAAGUUUUGAACAUUUAAAGACUUGAUUAUGACUGAUAAAAGGCAGCGAGCGAGGGUCCAGGGCUCCUGGGCCAAACCUCUUCCCAAACCACAACACCCAACUGCUCAAGAUGUCCAAUCGGAACCAGGGUCAUGGAAGGCAGGACCACAAUCAUUUGAGUUCCAUCAGCCAGCUAAUCCUAUCAGAGUGAUACCUGCAGAGAAAGUGAUCGAAAAGGCUGGUGAAUAUGACAUUAGUCAAGGUCCUUCUGGAGUGUCACGACUGCGGCUCAUACCUGGGUUCCUGCAGCAAGAGGAGGCGGACUGGAUGUUUAGCAAGCUUCUCGCUGAACUGCCCUGGUCACAAAAGACCAAUUACAGGAUGAUGGGUGAUGCAUAUGAGGAACCCAGACUCACCUGUUGGUAUGGAGAGCUGCCUUAUACAUAUUCACGCUCCACUAUGGAUGCCAACCCUGAGUGGCAUCCAGUUCUCACCACACUGCGUCGGGCCAUUGAGCAGAAGAGCGGCCACACUUUUAACUCAUUACUGUGUAACCUGUACCGGGAUGGGAAAGACAGCAUUGGUUGGCACAGUGACAAUGAGCCUUCAUUAGGACCCCAGCCCACUAUCGCCUCUCUCAGUCUGGGGGACACGAGAGUGUUCAGUCUUCGUAAGCAGCCGCUUCCUGAGGACAAAGGCAACUACACCUAUGUAGAGCAUCUGCGAAUCCCACUGACCCAUGGGACGCUCCUGCUUAUGGAAGGCUGCACACAGGCAGACUGGCAGCACCAGGUGGCAAAGGAAUACCAUGACCGCGGGCCUCGAAUAAACCUCACCUUCCGCACCAUAUACCCAGAGCCAGAGCAUAUCGGUAGGAAAUCAUUCAGAUGAUCGCUGAAAGGUGAGACGCCAAGCUGCAGAAGAGAUGGUCAAUGAGGACAAAAGGUUGAGGUCUGUCUCAUAUUCACAGAACAUCAACAAGAGAAGAGGACCUUAAAGAUCUGCACUAAUAUAUAUGGCUGUAUUGUUGAAUGUAAUUAUGGUUUAAUUAUUAAAUUUAAGGAGUAGAGAUUCUCUUUUCAGUUCAAGAUCCUAAACAAUGAUAAAUGUAUCUGGUUCUAUUGAUACUGUUGUAUUUUUGUUUACAUAAAUUACUAUUUUCUCACCAAGCAAUUGUUCACAAUAUAGUUUUUGUUAUAAAAAAUAAAUAUAUAUAUAUAUAUAUAUAUAUAUAUAUAUAUUACUGGUUUACAAUGUUUGUGGAAUAUACGUCAAAUAAAUGUUUAAAAGUGCCAAGUAGCCCAUAUUUCAGUUAUAGCCCCCAAAGGGACUUUUUACAGGUAAAUUGCUGUUGAAAUAUUGUAUGUUCUGCAAUUUCUUAAUUACAUCUUGUGGGUCAAUAAAUCUGAAUUUGUU